CUGCCGGCCCCUGGGGAAGGUGCGGGCUGGGGAACCCCAGUGCCCCCAGUGUCCUAGUGCUCUUAGACCAUCUCAUCCCCCAGCCCCUCAACAGCCAGCACUGAGCCUUCAACCUGCACCAGCUCUACGCUGUCGUCCUCCCCCGAUCACCUCAGCCUCCCCUGGGCCAGGCUGAGGGAGGUAACGAUGAGCCUCCCGCUCCUGUGAGCAUCCAUCCCUACGCAAGUCUGAGGGACCCUGGUCACUUGCCCUAUUAACCCCUGUAGGGCACCUUGACUGAUCCUGUCACUAACCCACAGACAGUGCUUCUGUUUUUUGGCAUUUAUUAAUUUUAUUGGGGGUGGGGGUAUUUUCAGCAGUGUUUGAGUUUUAUGUAGCUGUCCAAAAAAACAGGUGGGGUUGCGGCUUUCUCUUUGAAUAUACACCGAUUUCAUUUUUUUUUAAAUUGGGGUAUUUAUCAGUUGCACUAGAAAAUCAGAAGCCAGCCUGCAGCGUAGCAUGAGAACUUCCAUACAUACUUGGGUAAAGUGGGCAGAAGAAACAUGGUGCACGGUAAUAGAUAUGUGUUGUCAGACGUCACCGGUGUGGUGCUCUGCUCUAUCUAAUGUUGAUAACAGCUGCGUGCGUGCGUGUGUGCUGCCCCAGCUCUGCGCAGAUCACUGGCACAGCAGAUCUCCAGCGAACUGCCCAAUGACCACAGACUCGGAUAAGAUUACCUUGUCUUCCACGCACUGGGAAAUGAGAGUCUGGAACCUGCUCCCAGUCAGUCAACUCUUGACAGUGGACUAGACUGCAGCUGUGCUAAUAAGUAAGAAAAACCUUAACUUCUAGCAGCUGUUCUCUGCAACUUUGGCUUUUCUGCUGUCUUUUAAGAUGGAAGGCUAUGGCCAUCGUGAUGAGCAUUUUUCCAGUUCUCCUUUGGAGAAUGAUGGCGUUUCAGGCAAACUUAUUGCAAGCUAAAGGAAUUCAGGUUCUCCCACCUGUUAACUUCACUCUCACAGUCACUGCACUAGCAGAAGUACUUUUGCAAUGGAAACCAAACCCUGAUCAAGAAAAGAACUACACUGUUGAAUACAAUGUGGAAAUUCUGACUCCUGAGCCGGAACCGUAUGAGACAAAGAAAACUUGCAGUACCCGUACGGCUGUGCUUCAUAAUGGUUUUUCUGCACGUAUUCGGACAUUGCUUCUCUAUAACAACUCACAAAUAGAAAGUAACUGGGUUACAGCUAAACUUCAAGCUCCACCAGGUGCUGUUGAGACAUCAGUUACUAACUUAUCCUGUGUGAUUUACACGGACAUUAAUAAUACUGCAUCUCUUCAUUGCACCUGGCUUGCUGGCAAAGAGGCACCAGAAGAUACAAAAUAUUUUCUAUUUUACAGGUAUAAUAGCUACACUGAAGAAUGCCAAGAAUAUAGUAAAGACAAAUGGGAGAGAAAUAUUGGUUGCCGAUUUUCAAACACUUACAUAAAGACUAGUGAAGCUGAUGAAGUCAUCAUACACAUUAAUGGGUCAAGCAAGUACACUGCAAUCAAACCUUUUGAACAAUUAUUUAAUCCAAAUGCCAUUGAGAAAGUGAAUCCGCCCAGAAAUGUCACCGUGUCUUUAAAACAAAACAACCUCCUGAUCACGUGGGAAAUGCCAGUUUCUUCUUUCAUAGAGGACUGUUUUGAAUAUCAACUUUACAUCUACAACUGGAAGAUGGAUUACAAACAGAUACUGGAAAUAGAGUUAAAUAGUUUCAGUUUAAGUAUUGAUGACACCUGCAGAUACUCCGUACAGAUAAGAGCUAAUCAUCAAUCAUGGUGUACUGAAGGAUUUUGGAGUAAUUGGACUGAACCUCUUUAUAUUGGAAAAAACCAGCCAAGGACUCCAGUAGACUCCAAGGCCUACACGGUUCUCAUUGCACUUAUAGUAUUUGUAUGUUCCACGGCAUUGCUUACUGCUAUAAUAUGCAGAAAGUAUCACUUAUGGAGCAGACUAUUUCCACCAAUUCCAACACCCCAAAACAGUUUAAAAAAUCUGUUUUUAAAUAAGAGCUAUCAGAGAGCACGUACCUUUACCAGUGAAACGGAAACAGAAAUUGGAAGUUGCUUGGAAGAUCUUGGAAGCUAUGUUGAAGACCUUUCUUCGGAUGUCCUUGAAGAUUCUUGUAAUAUGAACGAUUAAUCCAUUCAUGAGCUUGAAAUUAACAGCAGUGUUACUGCAAGUGACAACAGCUUAGAUUGGAUAAACCUUCAGAUCAUACCAUCAUCAGUGCUUCAAACAUAGAAAAAUGCGUUGCUUCCAAAAGGUGAAAUUGCUUAAUAAAAAGUGACAUUUGUACGUGUUAGCUUGUAAAGAAAAAAGUGAGUACGUUCUGUGACGCUCUGUACCUCGAGGGGACACUCUACACCCCCAUGUUCAUCUUUAUAAAAUGAUUGUGUGGUAGCCAAUGCAAAGUUUGUCAUGUUGGGUGUCUUUGGAAGGCUCAUAAUGC